ACACUCUUUGUUAAUGACAAUAAGACCGAGUUUAUGAUUAUUAUAACUCGGCAGAAACUUUGCAAACUGCAGGCUAUGAACAUUGAAGUAGGCAGUAUUCAGAUACAAAAGCUAUCUCGCAAGUUAAAAAUCUAGGCUGCUGUCUCGACUCCAAUCUGUGUAUGCGUGACCAUAUCACAAACGUGUGUGAAGCAGCUUUCUUCUACUUGCAUAAUAUUAGACGCAUUAAGAAGUAUUCAUUGAGACACAGCUUACGUACUCUU